UCUUGCCAAAAUAUAUAUAAGCCGGCCAUUUUAUCGCUUUCGCCUCGCCCUAUAUAUUUCGCAUCCGUAAGAACUAGGGCUUUCUUGCGGUACCAUCUCGUCGUGUCGCGGAAAUUGUUCGAGCCUUGAGGGUACAUUCUUUGGAAGUGUUCCUCCUCACUGAAAUGGCUGGACAAAGAAACAACCAUGGAAAGCGCUCUCAUUCGCGUUCUGAUCAUGGAGAUAAUGGAGGAAGCAAGAGAAGGAAUCCUGGCGAUGAAAAGGAGGCGUAUGCUCCUGGGCCUGAAGAUACCGUCUACCGUUAUCUAUGCCAAGGGAGGAAGAUAGGAAGUAUCAUAGGUAGAGGUGGUGAGAUUGUGAAGCAAUUGAGGGCAGAUACACAUGCUAAGAUAAGAAUUGGUGAGACUGUUCCUGGCUGUGAAGAGCGAGUAAUAACAAUUUUUAGUUCAAGUGAAGAGUGUAACACUCUUGAAGAUAGUGGAGAAACAGUAUGUGCUGCACAAGAUGCACUUUUCAAAGUUCAUGAAAGGUUAAUAUCAGACGAUGAUGGAGGUGAUGAUGAUGAUGAUGCAAAUGCUCCUCAAGUUACGGUUCGCUUGCUUGUGCCAUCAGAUCAGAUUGGAUGCAUUAUUGGGAAAGGUGGACAGAUCAUUCAGGGCAUUCGCAGCAGCACUGGUGCUCAGAUACGCAUAUUGAAGAAUGAGUAUCUUCCUUCUUGUGCCAUUAGUACUGAUGAACUUCUGCAGAUUGCUGGGGAUGCUUCUAUUGUGAAAAAGGCUCUUUUUGAUGUUUCCUCUCGUCUACAUGAAAAUCCAUCGCGCUCGCAGCAUAUGCUAUUUUCGAAUGUGGCUAACAGCAGUCAUUAUGGUGGAUUCAGUAGUGGAACACCUGUCAUGGGUGUGGGUCCAUUGAUUAGUCAAUUUGGAGGCUACAAGAGUGAUGCUGCCAGUGACUGGCCAUCAUUCUACCCUCCUCCAAGGGAUGAUACUUCAACAAAAGAAUUCGAAUUAAGGAUGUUAUGCCCUGCUGCAAAUAUUGGAGGUGUUAUCGGCAAGGGUGGUUUAGUCAUCAAACAGAUUAGGCAAGAUUCUGGAGCAUUUAUAAAGGUUGAUAGUUCCAAUGCAGAAGAUGACUGCAUAAUUACAAUUUCAGCAAAUGAGCUUUUUGAAGACCCGAUUUCUGCAACAAUAGAUGCUGCAGUGCGCUUGCAGCCUAGAUGUAGUGAAAGAACUGAAAGAGAGUCUGGUGAACCUUCAUAUACAACACGCUUACUUGUAUCGACAACACGUAUUGGUUGUCUUAUUGGGAAAGGUGGCAGUAUCAUCUCUGAGAUGAGAAGAAGCACUCGUGCGAAUAUACGCAUAUUGUCAAAGGAAAACCUUCCCAAAGUUGCUUUAGAUGAUGAUGAGAUGGUUCAGAUUAGUGGAGACCUUGAUGUUGCCAAGGAUGCUCUUGUUCAAAUAACAACAAGGUUGAAAGCAAACUUUUUUGAAAGAGAGGACGCCCUAUCAUCAUUUCAGCCUCUUCCUUACCGUCCUAUGCCAAGUGAUGUUCCAGACAUUUCAAAAUAUGGAAGCAGGGAUUCAAAGGGAACUGGUCGUGGGUAUUCUUAUUCUGGGCGUUAUGGUGCUUCAGGCGACUUGCUUCCCUCUGGAAGUUAUGCAUCUUCUCAGGGUGGUAGUACUUAUGGGACAUAUGGUGCUCAUACUGGUCGUGCUGGAAGCACUGGGCACAACAAAGGUAACUGUUGGCAUGUGCUUCUUCUUCCAAUGUCGACAAUUGAAUACCAAUGGACCUCCAGAAUCCUUGCAGAUGAUAGCUUACCGUUAAUUCGGUCCUAAACAAUUAUUGCUACGCCCAUUGGCUUGAUAGGCAACAACCCUUAUUACGACAUCAUGAAUGAGCUUAGCUUUGAAUAAGUUGGAGCCCUCAUGUCAUCUUGAGAAUGGUUGUUAAUUGCUUUAUCUUACCAUUUGUCCAUCAAUGGAAGCAUGUCAAAAGUGGUUCGAGACAUUAUGCUCACAUCACCUUAUAGGCAUCGCUAUGUUCCUAUGGGAUAACUUCAUCGUUGCUGUCUUUACAGCGAAGCAUUGAUCUUUAUCGAUUAGCCAAAAAUUCGACCGAGUGUGAGCGUUUGCUGUUAACGAAGGGGAUUAGAGGCGUUUGAUGCCUUUGGAUGUGGCCACAUGAUCAUAAUUCGUCCCCUUUAUUAGCUUUAAUGGUUUCAAGGCUAUUUAUAAUCAAUUUGCCAAAACGAUUAGUAUACACUAUAAAUAAGAAAAUAAUUAAUCAACAUAAAAGCCUUGUCGACUUUCACUUCCAAACUCUUUAUUGGCAUUGUCGACCUUCAAGCAUAUCAUGGCCUGUUUGUCUUGA